UGCACAUCUCUGUCACACAAUUGCAGACUCGCAGCGGCUCUCCCCCCUGAGCAUCAUCUCCACCAUCGGAGAUCCUCCUUGUGUCUGUGUUCUGCCGGGUGGACGCACGCCCCACAGUCACCAUUUCUGCCCCGGAGAGCUCCAGGCUGGCAGCGCAGCCCCUUCCCAGGCUGAGCAUCGGGCGGAAGACCCUGGUGGCAGCUGCAGUGGGGGUCAUGCUGGUCCUGGUCCUGGUGGUCCUCAUCCCUGUGCUCGUCAGCUCUGUGGGUGCUGGUGGCACAGAUGACAGCGCGAGCCACUAUGAGAUGUUGGGUACCUGCCGGAUGGUGUGCGACCCCUUCCCCAGCACGGGCACCACAGGAACGGGGAUCCACACGGACACAUCAACCAGUGGCUUCCUGGUGAACAAUGAGGAAGACCUAAGCGAUCACAGCAUCGGCCCUUCACUGCCUACAUACAGCACAAACGGCCAACAGGGAAAACCAGGACGUCUGGGCAAACCUGGACCUCCAGGACCUCCUGGAGAACCGGGUCCACCGGGCCCAAGGGGGCCACCGGGGGACAGCGGAGACAUAGUUCGGACGGGGAUCCUCGGAGCGGUUAGCACAACCACCUACAACACCACUCCUCGAGUGGCGUUUUACGCAGGACUGCGAAACCCCCAAGAAGGCUAUGACAUUUUGCGAUUCGAUGAUGUGGUGACUAACAUCGGGGGGAACUACGAGGGCGCGACGGGCAAGUUCACCUGUAAGAUUCCAGGGACCUACUUUUUCAUCUACAACGUGUUGAUGAGAGGAGGAGACGGCACCAGUAUGUGGGCUGACCUGAUCAAAAACAAUCAGGUCAGAGCCAGUGCUAUUGCCCAAGACCAAGACCAGAGUUAUGACUAUGCCAGCAACAGUGUCAUACUUCAUCUGGAUGCAGGUGAUGAGGUUUUCAUCAAACUGGAUGGGGGCAAAGCUCAUGGGGGCAACAGUAACAAAUACAGCACCUUCUCGGGGUUCAUCCUCUACGCCGACUGACGACCGGGCAGAACAAAAGGCUUGGAGGUGAAAGGUCCCAGCCGCAGACAUUUACUUCCUGACUUCCACUUGGCAUUCUUGCAGUGAGGUUAAUGUCACAGUCACCGCUCCAACAGUCUUUAAAGUGAUGUAGUGAUGAUGCACGCUGCAGUUUUGUAGUUUUCGCUAAUCUCUUAAUCUGUUUCAAUAAAACACGAAUACAUACUGGGUGCCUAUGCUGCUAACAUUAUGGACAUGUGUCAUGCGGUAGCAACUGUGACAGCACAGAGAGGCCAUGCCAUCAUUCCUCAGCUGUCAUGUCAAAUUCAAGUCUGGAAAUCCCACAGUGGCGGAGGCCUCAGUGUUAGUAAAUGUGCUCUCUGGGUUUAUGUUAUGGUUAUGUCUUUGCUUUCACAUGCUGUCUGUGUGAUAAGAUGUUUCCCAUCAGUGGAGGAGGAGUUCUGCCUCAAGAAAUUUGUCAAAACUUUGGAUGUAAGAAUGAGAUUAUGAUGUCUGAAUGCCAGAGUGUAAGAAAAGGUUUCAAUGUGAUGAUUUGAAAAGGAGUGUCAUAUAUUUGACCUACAUUACAUAACCUACGGCAUAUAUCGGCAACUCUGAUGAAGAUGUAGAAAAGGUCUUGAAAUAAUUCUUCAGUAGAAUAAGUUUCACAAAAAACGGCUAAAGGUUUUCUUUACUUACUUUAUGUAUUUAUUGCAACUUUAGAUAAAUAAUUUUUAGCCUUAGUUCAGUUUUCAUGCUCUCUUGUCUUUUCCAUUCUGAAGAAGGCCUUCAUGUCAUAUAUUUUUACUGGAAGUCAUGGACCAAAAUUCAAAAACUAUAACUGCAAGCAAGGAGUUAUAGUCAAUCCUGCUUUAGCAAGUCUAGCCCUGUCCAUAUUCUUGUGGCCGAACGUCUUGGCAUAAACUGUGUCUUACUCAGAUCAACAUAUUCGUCACUGUCUAAGAAAAAAACCCUAAAAGUCUCUUAAACCACAUAUAUAUGCCAAACUGGAUUGUGCGGGUGUUUUAUUAGAUGCUAAGUCGCUAAGUGCUAAUCAGCCCAGGAUUAAUGUGCUUGGUUAAUAAGCACUUCAAUAUGUAGAGUUAUAGCGUACACAAAUGGAAGCACAAAUCGUAAAGAUACUCAACAGUUUUUAUUGUAAAGCUCACAGAACAAUAUCUGUUGAAACUCAUCGCAAAGAGAUCCAAAAACAUAUGUUAGCUUAAAUUAUAAUCUCCUAAAAAGAAGAGUGACGUGUUUCAAAAUAGUGUUACAGCUUUUCUGAUACUCCGGUUAAGUCAAGACAAGCUACACUCUCCAACAUCCUAUUGUAAGCUUUUCAAUAUAAGACAAGUUUAUUUUAAGGCUAUUGACACAUCUUUACCAGGAGAGCCAAUCAAAGUGGAGGGUGCUGUAUGUUAUAUUUGGCAUAUUGUAUAAAAUGUAAAUUCAAUAUUGACUCUGUAUCUCAAUACAGACAAAGCAUUAUCAACCUUGUACAUUUUAUUGUGUUUCUAAAAAAAAAACAAUGUAUUGAUUGAUGACUGUGAUUUUAUUAUUUCAUGUGCAGGUUUAUCAGUGCAUGCAAAGUCAAAAUGUUUUGUUUCCAUAAAAUGAUAAAUGAUGAUUUAAAACUAUUUUAAAAAGCUAGACGUGGCCAUUAUUUCCUGCUUUUACUCACAAACUUCAAUUAAAAGAACAACUUUUUUAGCAUUUACCAACAUUAUACACAGUUAGUGUCACUCUUCUCAUCAGGUUCACUGAUCCGCCACUCUGAUCUCCUCAUUAAACUGUGAAACAAGCCUUUAGUCCUUCAAAUGUUACACAAAAAAAGAAUCUCAGCAGCACAGCAAGAGGCAAUCAACAAGGAGGACAUCACAGCUUUGUUAAAUGCCAAAUGAAGCGGGGGAUUAUUGUGAUUUACAAUCAAAGAUGAUAUGUUGGUUUUGCUCUUUUAAUGGGUGUGGAUGUGGCGAGAUACGACAGGAGCAAGUUAGGAGACGGGUGUUCGGACAGAUCACAACAAAGCUUAGAUCUGCGCUGAAAAGUGAUGGGGGGGAUUAGACUCUGCUGUGACUGCAACACAACUGUCAGAGACCAGAAAGUAUCUCUAGGGCAUGAACUGUUGAAACUGUCCGUUUUAUCAAGAGCUUCUUUGACAAUAUAUAAUUCUUUGGACACAAUUCACCUUUGACAUGGGCCACCAAACUGUCCCUUAUCCAGUUUGAAGCACAAACUUAAAAGUUCAAAAGUAAAAAGUUAGGGACUUUCUUAGAUAUGGAAGCAAAGGAUUAAUUCAGUGCAAGAUCCCCACAAUGACUUCUACUGUCUUGCCUGUUAUCUUUUUAACUGCUGUGUGCAUUAAAAGCCAGAACACCCUCUGGUCUAAAGCCUGUCUUAAGACAGCAAAAUAUUCCUCCAGACACAAUUAAGACUGAAGUUUUGUGCAUAGGCAGAGGUCAACAGAGCCACAUGGCCGUAUAGAAUGCCAGGCCAGCACAGGCUGUUUUCUUCUUGCAGGGUGUAUGAGCACAUCGUCACAUUAGAGAUGUCACAACGUCAAAGACAAAUGCCCCCGGUGGUGGGAGAAGCCGAGCUCUCGCUGCAGAGACCCCAGGAUGCAGCAGAUUUUCUUGAAGUCCUUGAGUGACAUGAGUGCAAGUGUAUCAACAGCCUGCAAAUAUUAAACAUUUCAAGCAAUUUUUGUCUGAAUAAUCAUCAGCAAAACACAGGUUCUGUCUUCUUUCUGAUAGCAACCGAGUGGCUGCUUCAGUUUGAUAAAUGAAAAUAGCUUUAGAAACAAGACAGAGAUUUACAGAAAUGGUUUCCCUCCUGCAUUUUUUCUGUUUUUGGAUCACUUAUGAUUCCUUUCAUUAAGGGUAAAUACGAGAAGAAAAGUGGCUAAUGUAAAAAAGUGGUAGUAAACAUUUAGUACUUUUGAUAAUCAGUCUUUCAUACUGCAAUGGAGGGACUUUUUGGCACACUCUUCUUUGCAGAAUUGUUUUAAUUCAAUUUCAUUGUAGGGCUUCAAAACAUGAAAAACCCCUCAAAGAAUCUCAACUGGAUUCAAAUCCUAACUUUGACUAGACCAGUUCAUUUAGUUGUUUUUUUUGUUUUUUUUCCGGUUAUUUAGAGGAGGGUUUGGUGGAAUCUUUGAAUCACUGACUGCUGCAAAACCCAAGUACGUAUCAUGAUUUUCUAAUAGAGCAAAAUUCAUGGUUCCAUCAUUUAUGACAAGUCGUUCAGAACUUUGUGUACAAUGUUCUGAUAGCGUCACUGAAAAGCAAAAACAGGAGAAAUUUGGAGAAGCUGGUCCCAAAGUCGCCUCUUGGGAGACCUUUGGGUAGGUUUGAAAUCUAACGCAUUGAUCGCAACAAGAUACAGAUUUAAGCUUUCUUCUGGAAGGUGCAGUAAGCUUCUUUUUAUUUACACUCUUUCACAGAGCUUUGCAGAUAUUUGAAGAAUUUCAUCUGGAUCUAUUUCCAUAGCACGUAAGCCGGGGGAUUUGCCAUAUUAAGUCUCGGCAGUGGACUUAACAUAGGUAAUCUUAGGUUUAUGCAAAAGCCACAGGAAGAACAUUUUGAGUUAUUCAUUUACACACACUGCCUUGCAAGGAAACAGAGACAGCUCCAGUCUGACAUUUGCAGGGGCAGAGUUGUUGAGGCGUGAGUCUUAUCAGGCUACUGCAGAGACGCGCGUGGACCCUUGCAGAGACGCGCGUGCGAGUGUGUGGGGUCAACGCUGUCCGUGUGCACUCCUUCAUGUCUCCAUAGAGACGGGACUCGGCCUCCCAUGAAAAGUCUGAAGUGACGUUAAUGAGCCCUUGCUGUUGUUAUCUUGAGUAUUCCUACUUAACUCACCGGGGGAGAUCCGAGUCAGAGAUAGAUGUUUUAACUGUCAGGCCAAAUUGCCCCUCAUGCCAAUGCAAGCUUCCUACGACAAAAAGAGCGAGCCACCUUCCCACACUCUUCAAUGGCUUUUUUGGUGUGGGCAUGCAAUCGUGACAUCUGUUUCUUACUAUGGGUUUCACACAAUCUACAUUUUCUCCUACUUAUUCAAUAUGACACAGUGCUAAAGCUCAAAACAGCACAACACAAACACUCUACACAUGCCAGACUUAGUUAGAGGCUGUGCUUUGGAUGCAACGAAAAAGCUGGUUAUUUUACGGUCACAGGUGGGUCAUAAAAAGGCAAAACAUGUCAAUGAGAAUCAAACCUUUGGAACAAAGUCUCCAUUUAGUGAGUCUAUCCACCUGUGUGACAAAAAAAAAAAAAACCUUCUCAGCACCUUUUUGAAGUCGAUAGCCACUGACGUAGAACAGAAUCUUCCCUGCUGUACCGCCGUCUCGUUCAGAUGUGUCAUCUCAAGGGUCA